UUGCCGGUGCAGAUGCAGCUGUUGGUGCUCAUUGGCGCCGCUCUGGUUGCGAGGGCGCUCGCGGCCACCAACGGCCACGAGCUUGCUCUGCCCUCGUACCACUACGGCGCUCCCAUCCGCGUCGAGUGUAUGAACCGGAGCUCGGAAACGGGCGAGCACAUCCAGAACGAAAAGCACGAGAUCGAAUGGGUCCCCUUCCCGGUCUGCAACGAGACGGACCAGCCGCUCGAAUUCCACUACGGCAUCGAGGGCGAGGUGAACUGCACCAUCCCCAUGGUCAGCGACCCCUUCUUCCACCUGCUCGAGUUCUACAUCCACAACGACGCGCCCCUCGCCUGCCGCCUGCCCGCCCGGCCGCCCCCGCACAUCGAGGUGAUGGGCGAGACGCCGCCGCCGCAGGAGUACAUCCCGCUGGUCUUCGCGCUGGCGGGCACCCUGCAGCUGAGCCACAUGCACAUCAGCACCCACCUCAACGUGCUGCUGCACAGCACGCCCAAGCAGCACAUCCACCCGCACGACAGCGGCGUGCUCGACAGCGCCACCGCCUACAGCACCAGCCCGCUCACCCACCUCGAGGGCAGCGCCACCCGCCGCCUGGUCAUCGGCGACCCGCUUCCCCUCAGCUUCAGCGUCCGCUGGUUCCCCACCCCGGCCCUGCCCAAGGUCUCCGGCAAGGUCGAGUGGUCCGGCAUGGGCGGCCACAUCUACGCCAGCACCGUCUUCUACAGCCUGCUCUCGUUCUUCGCCGGCGCCGCCGUCUCGACCGCCUACUUCUUCGGGUCGGUCCUGCCGAGGCGGCUCAGGGGAAGGGGCCUCGGCGGCGCCACCCCUCUCGGAUACGGGUUGAACGGCGUGGGCAACGGCUGGGGAUAUCAGAAACGGGCGGUCGAUUAAUUGGUGGCGGUGGCCGAGGAGGGGACAGUCAAUGGAGCGCAUAGUCACGGGCUUGCCUAUGUGGAAUGUAGUACUACACACAAAAGAUACCAUGGCGUUUUGGGG